UCGUGCCAAUCGAUUCUUCACACAUGACGAUGAUGCACGCGACCAAGGGCGAGUUUGUCGGCGCUGUGACGGCACUGCAUUUCUCUGCCGACGGAUCCUUGCUCUAUGCGGCCGUAGGAUGUACGUUGUACGUGUAUGACACUACGAAUGGCACGAUGUUUGUGUCGCCACUGCCGAUAUGGUCACACGGAACGAUCCAUGGCAUGGACGUGGCGCAGUCGUUGGCGCUGUGCUUUGGUCAGAAGCAACUCGCUCUUGUGAGCGCGCUUCCUACCACGACCACGUCAAAUGUACAAUCGUCGUCUCCAUCGUCCAUCAUUGCCACGGAAUGCAUGGACUGGAUCCUGGACGCGCGCUUGCUGGUGGACGACGUCGUCGUAGACGACACGGCACUUCUAUUGCCCAUGGUUGCCGUCGGCCUCGCGCACAACAUGGUACACAUAUGGGACCCUUCGACCCGCACCACGUUGCAGACGUUUCAAUGCACCGAACGCACCAUUUUGUAUGCGAUGGGACUGUACGGUCGAUCCCUCGAGUCGCUUAUUGUAGCGGCAGGCACGGUCUUUCAGCACAUUUUACUGUGGGCACCUCCGACAUUGUCGUCCUCAUCCAGCAGCCAGCAACCUUCCAAUUCCGUCGCCCAAGUCACCCAACGCCUCCACCAACAUGACGGUGUGUUGUUUCAAUUGACGUGGUCGAGUACGGGUCGACAGCUGGCGUCCGUCUCGGACGACCGAUCGGUGCAAUUGUGGUCGAAUCUGACCAACGACGUGGGUCGUGAUGACGUGGCACUCGCUCGUGACGCGAAUCUCCGCCUUGGGUUUCAGUCCCAAUUCCGAGGAUGGGGACAUACCGCCCGUGUGUGGGAUGUGCAGUUUGCCAGCCAUGGACGCCUCGUAAGUGUGAGCGAAGACGCCACGGUCAAAGUCUGGAGCGGCCCCACUGGCGACUGCUUGACGACGCUACUUGGCCACGUCGACACCAACGUGUGGCGGGUAGCUGUCCACCCGGCUCGGACGGAAUGGGUGGCCACGGGCGGCGGGGACAACGCCAUCAAGUUGUGGAACAUUGACCGCGCCAUGGCUAACCAGUCGUUGGGAACCAGCGCCACCAGACACAUGCAGACGUUGCCAACUUUAUCCCUUUCAUCAUCAUGUGCUUCAUCAUCGUCGCAGAGGACGUUGGAGGAGGCAACGCUGGCCAAGAAACAACCAAAAAAAGUCAGUUCCCACGGCGCGUCUGUGCGCAGUUUGGUGGCGUUGCCGUCGAGUGUGGUGUGGAUCAGUGACCAAGGUCAUGUGGGCGUCACAUCCCUCAUUUCUUCGUCGUCGGCUCCACUGGUCGUCGUGCCAUUGCAUGCCAACUUGUGUUGUGUGGCGGCGACCUCUGGCGGCGAUCUGGUGGCGGUGGGGGACGUCUCGGGGUGCGUUCAUUUACUCUCCUCGUCGUCGUCGUCGUCUACGUCGUCAGAUCUUGUCGAAAUCGCGACAGCUCAAGCGCAUAUCGGGCGCAUCAUGUCUAUUUGGAUUGUCCAACACCAAGAUAUAACAGCGGUGUUUACCACGGGCGUGGACUUGACCUUGCGCGAAUGGCGGGUGGCCCCACGACCGCAAGGACCAGGUGAUCAUGGUGAUGCUGGUCGUACUGCCUUGACUCCCGUCGCCACGUAUAAAUGCCCAAGCAAACACUGCUGCGUUUCAGCCUUGUUGGCAACGGAUGACGGCGCGCUGUUGUGGUGCGGCGACGCCCGCGGAAACUUGUGUGUGUACGACCGCGUGGCGCUAGUUGCUUCAACCACUGACGAUCCUCAUGGCGACAAGUCCAAUGCAGGUAUCCAGCCCAAGCAUGUACUGUGGCAAGUUCACGGCAAGGAUGUGGUAUCCUGUCUGACGUGGCACAACCACAUGCUGUACAGUGGCAGCCACGACGGAUUUGUGUGUACAUCGCGGUAUGCCUUUGGAGAGCUGCAAGUGGUGCGUCGCGUGGGGGUCAAAGGUAUUUCAACCAUCAAGUCCAUCUACUGGCAGUCCGACGGCGGUCUGCGCGUGUUUGGGUUCCACGCCACGCAAGCCAUCUUGGUGGAUGUCUCGCAGUCGCUCCGGCUCUUGGCGCUAGAGUGUGGCGGCUACCGUCGGCCCCACGCGCUCUUCCUUUCCGACUCUGAUGUGUCACAUGUGUUUGCAUUUACCACCCCCGGCUCCGCCGCCCUCCAAGUGCACUCGUCGACGAUCAUUGUCCACCCAUCCAAAGGCCACCAACCCACUACAACCACUGCGUUGAACCACCCCUUUUUGUCGUGGCACGGACACCAUCAUAGCAAAAUGGCCACCAGUGUCGCGUGGGUACACCCCCUUUCGUCGUCCACUCCGCUCCUCGUGACGGGCGGUGAAGACUGCGCCCUCAAACUCCAUGCCCCACAUAGCACGACAGGCAAACCAGUGCAGUGCGUGGAUACAGUGACCAUGCACGGCACAAACGUGCGGUCCGUGGCGGUCGUGGGUCGGGACUGGGUCGUGUCUGGCGGCGGCAAGCAGUCCGUGCACUUGUGGCAGGUGGUCGACAACCACUUGGAUCAUGUGGCCGAGCACACGCCAUCCGAUGCGUCCCAAGAUCAGCGCAUCCUCGCGCUCGCGGCCACGUCCGUGCAAGGACAUGGCACAGACGAUAACGUCAUCGCCGUGUUUGCUACCAACAGCGAAGGCCAAUCAACCUUCUUCACGGCCUCCACGGACCGCCGCCGCGCCGGCCGACUCGACCGACGGCUCAUGUGGACCGGACGGAGCGACAAACCCAUCUUGAGCUGUGCGUUGACUCCCUCCCAUUUCUUCGUCACGGGGGCCACCGAUGGCUACGUGGUCAUCUGGGAUGUGGCGACGCUGUUACGAGGGGACACCUCAACGUCGCCACCUCGACAAGUCUACCAAUACCGAGCCCAUGACAUGGGAGUGAACUGCCUCUGCAUUCGAGCGACGGGGCCAACCACGUUUGACGUGUUUAGCGGCGGCGACGACCAAAAUAUCGCGCAUGCGGCGGUGGACGCGACCGACCGGCUGCAUGUGCAAGUACGCCACUUGCAAGGUAAACAGAAUGCGAGUGCGUCGGCUCUCAAGGCGAUCCAAGUGCUGGACGAUGUGGUGGUGGCUGCUGGGUACGACCAGCGUGUGACGGCGUGGGGCAUGGAACGAGAUGAGUUGACUUGGCGCGGGGCUGCGUUCUCGGAAUGCGCUGAUAUUGCCGGUGUGUCCUUGCGGCGACCGACAUUAGAAGAUGAUGGAGUGAUUGAGGCUGUCGUCGUGGGGAAAGGCAUGCAAAUCGUCACGUUCCAAAAGUAGUGCGAUAAACAAAGUAAACAAGGUGGUUCGACAAAUA